AUGUCGAACCUGAUCGUAGUCAUUGGCGCAGCCGGUGGUCAGGGCGGAGGCGUCGUUGACGCCUUCCUCAAAGAACCAGGCUGGAAAGUCAGAGGCACCACUCGAAACACCUCGAGUGAGAAAGCAAAGGCUCUCGCCGCAAAGGGCGUCGAAGUUGUCUCUGCGAAUCUCAACGAUGAAGAGAGCCUCGAGAGAGCCUUCCACGGGGCCACGGCGAUCUUCGCAUUCACUGACUACUACGACACGUUCUUCGAACUCGGCGAUGAGAAGUCCGUGGAGUUGGAGUUUGAACAGGGAAGAAGAAUUGCCCGUGCGGCGUCGAAGACAGACUCUCUUCAACGACUUGUGUUCAGCGCUGGGCCUCACACGAGCAAGAUCACCAACGGGGAAGCUGUCUGCCCCCACCUCGAAGGCAAGGGGCGCAUCGUCUCGUAUGUUACACAAGAGAUGCCGGAUCUUUCAGCCAAGACCACCUUCGCCGUGUUCACUGUCUUUGCGAACAACGCACUGCUCUAUGAUAUCUUCAAGCCGAUUUACGUGCCGAGCGCCAAAAAGUAUGUCACCUUGUACCCAGUGCCACCCAACACGCCGUACCCAUGUGUUGGAGAUCCCGUCACCAAUGGAGGCAUUUUUGUUCGAAGACUGGUGAAGAGCCCUCCUCCUCCAGGAUCCUUUGUCCGAUGCAACGUUGAAACCUUGACUAUGGAGUCUUAUCUCGCCGCCUGGGGACGGGCUACUGGGCUCGCGCCUGAGGAGGGCUCAACCGCCGCCGUGCAGGUUUCUCCCCAAAGCUAUGUUGAACUGUGGGGCGCCAUGGCUCAAGAGCAGCUUUCGCAAUGGCAAUUCUUUGAAUGGAUUCAGGAUCACUAUCCCCCGACGUGGGAAGGAGUCACCAUCGUGGAGGGGAUGGAUCUAUUGACUGAGGAGGACAAGAAGGAACUUCUUAGCGUUGAGGAGUCUCUGAAGCGGUACGACUGGAGUGCGUUUGAGAAGAAGCCGACGGCCAAGGCUGUCACCGGCCGGUUCUCGACUUGA